CGCAACCAGGAUCCCAAGUGUUAACGGCCCAUAAUACAGGCCAGGACACGAAACCGACCCCGCAAGCUGCCCAGUUCUCCCUGGCUCGACCACCGCCGUCUACAAAAUACAAACAAAUAGCACCUCACUGCCAUUGACGAGCUCUGCAUCCCUUCUAUUGCGUUCAGCUGGCUAUGCGCCCCAACGAGGAGCCUGUUGAGCAGACGGUUCGCCCCACAGAGGUGCAGAACUCAUAGGAUCCUCAGCUUGGACACACACAGGGAGGAGGAUCUUCCUAGCCAGCUGCCUCCGGGCAAGAGGAGGAGGCCACAAUGGUGUCCUACCCGCCAAAGGCAUCACAUUCGCAUUCGCGCUCGCAACCAACACCUUCUGGAUCAGCGUCGAACACCCCCGGCCAUGUCAAGAGAGGCUCUGCCUCGUCAAACCACCGCACCUCGAGUCGGGAGGACAGACCCCCGAGCCGGAAGGGGUCCGCACAGCGUGCUGCACAAGAUGUGCCCGGUCUUAGCGAUUACCAGCUGGGGGAUUGCCUGGGAAAGGGCGCGUUUGGCAGUGUAUAUCGAGCGCUCAAUUGGAAUACAGGAGAAACAGUGGCAGUCAAGCAGGUUCGACUGGAGAAUCUGGGGGGUGCCGAGCUCAAGACCAUCAUGCUCGAAAUCGACCUGCUGAAGAACCUCAACCAUGCCAACAUCGUCAAGUACCAGGGAUUCGUUAAGACACCCGAUUCCCUCUACAUUGUUCUAGAGUACUGCGAAAACGGCUCGUUGCACAGCAUCUGCAAGAACUUCGGCAAGUUCCCGGAAAAUCUCGUCGCGCUAUACAUGUCACAGGUCCUGCAUGGUCUAUUAUAUCUCCACGAACAGGGUGUUAUUCAUCGAGACAUCAAGGGCGCCAAUAUCCUCACUACCAAAGAGGGAUUGGUAAAACUGGCGGAUUUCGGUGUGGCUACAAAAGCUUCUGGUCUUGAUCAAGCAAGUGUGGUAGGAACUCCCUACUGGAUGGCGCCCGAAGUUAUUGAGCUCUCUGGUGCUGCAACCUCGUCUGAUAUAUGGAGCUUGGGAUGUACUGUCAUCGAGCUGAUUGAAGGCAAACCGCCCUAUCAUAAGCUACAGCCCAUGCAGGCCUUGUUCAGGAUCGUGAAUGAUGAGCACCCACCUAUUCCAGGUAGUGCCUCUUCCCUUCUGCGGGACUUCCUCAUGGAGUGUUUCCAGAAGAAUCCAACCCUACGUAUAUCAGCCAAACGAUUGCUCAAGCAUCCCUGGAUUCGAAGCGCAAAACGUACUGUCCCCGCCAUCCCAACGAAACCGACCGAAUAUACAGAAGCUGUCAAAUCGGUUCAGGAAUGGAAUGAGGCACUGAAAUCUCCCGGCUCAUUACGGCGAAGCGCCCGCUCGACUCCCGCAGCCAAGAAAUCACCACCGUCGUCGAAAUCGAAUGGCUCCACUCGCAAACCUUCGCUGAAUAUGAAUGUGCACAUACCAAAGCCAAGGCCAACUGCUGAAUCCUUCCGAUCACCUGAGAUGGAUGUGAGUGAUAACUGGGAUGAUGAUUUUGCAGAAAGCAUAUCACCAACGGCGCUUCAUUUACCACAUUUGAGGCCCCAGGACAACUUUGCGGGCUUGUUCUCCAGCGACAAGUUGAAGGCCUUUGCAAGCUUUGAAGCUGUUACAGAGGAAUCAUCUACCUUGGACGGUGAAGCUACAGUUAAGAGUCCAUUGGAUUGGCGUCAUUAUCUCCAAAGAAGAAAUUCUAGCACAUUCGAGGAACCUGAGACAGUGAAGUACUCAUCGACAAGAGUGAAGCCCUCUACUUCACGGUCAGCCUCCGGCGUGAUGCAACCCGAGGAGCGACACGACGGACCCAAGACAGCUUUUCUUCGUGGUGUUCCAAAGGCCACACAGCUCCCCAAGACCAAGGUAGCAGCCCUUGCAAGGCCUUCCACUCUUUUCCGCGAAGAUUCGGUUGAAGAUUACUCCGAUCUCAUGCCCACAGACGAUGGGGCAUUCGAGAAGCGUGUAAGAGCCAUGCAAGGCCACCAGCCACAGUCCGUCAUACCGCAGAUGGCCAAAGCGAACAACAGUUCACCCGCCGAAUCUUUCUCACCUCGUUUGUUCCACCCAAGCGAUCUGAAAUCCGCGCCGAAGUCUACCCGCGAUACCAAAUCGAAUGGCAACGUUCGCCAACGCUCCGUCUCGUCUACGUCGACUCGGAAAAUGCAGCGGUCGCAGUCGGAAAUCGAGAUUCAGAAGUAUGCCGAGGGAGACGAGCAGGAUGACUUUUCUGAUGUUCAGGGAGAUAUCAGACGGCCCGCCCGCGCCGAAAGCGAUAGUGGCUCUGACUAUAGCAGCAUGGCUCUCGUGCCUUCCAAGAUGUCCUCGUCUUUCAUAUUACCGGAUGAAGACGAGAUUGAUCCAUUCGCUAAUCUGGAAGAGGGCAUCGAAAACAUCAAUCUUGAAAACAACGUCGCACGUGACCGAGAUGAUCGCCUAGCCAAACAGACAGAAAGCCUUGUCGGCUGUCUCAAGACCAGCCAGCCCGACGAUGUUCUCCUCGAUAUAACGGAUCAGCUCAUACAGGUUCUGUAUGAGUCACCUGACAAGAAGUCUAUCGUGCUACGCUCUCAUGGCCUGCUCCCUAUCCUCGAGAUCCUCCAGACGAUGCCGCCAAACGAGGUGGUGCUGCGACUAUUGAAGAUCAUCAAUAUGAUCAUUCUCGAAGAUGCUGAAUCACAAGAGAGUUUAAGCUUUUUGGGUGGCAUUCCCAUCAUCUCGACAUACGCCUACAAGAAGUAUCCUUCAGAGAUCCGCAAAGAGGCUGCAGCGUUCGUGCGACAGAUGUAUCAGACCAGCACUCUCACACUACAGAUGUUCAUCGGUUGCGGUGGAAUCAACGUGCUGGUAGAGUUUCUCGAGGAGGAUAUCGAUACCGAACGAGAUCUUGUGCUUAUCGGCGUGAAUGGCGUGUGGUCUGUCUUCGAGUUGCAGGGUCCAACACCCAAGAACGAUUUCUGCCGGAUAUUUUCACGAAGCUCUGUUCUGUACCCCUUGUCAUUGGUUUUGAAUCGAGUCGUGGACGAGGAGGGCGAACUGGCUGAUCUGAUUGAGGGGAGGAUUGUGAACAUCUUCCUUAUCUUUUCGCAAGCUGAAAGCCAUGUCAAGGAUCUCGUGGCCGACCGAAUGAUUCUCAAACGUGUCCUCAAGGAUCUUCGAAAGAUGGCACCAGCGCACAUGGUCACAAUGCUGAAGUUCAUCAAGAACCUUUCAAUGUUGUCGUCUACCCAUGAAGCAUUGCAAAAUUCAAACGCCAUCGAUCUUCUUGUAGAGCUUCUCAAAUCAUCCAAGGAUCAACCACUUUACCGCGAGAUUUCGAACCAAAUUCUCAACACAAUGUACAAUUUGUGCCGACACAACAAGUCUCGCCAAGAAGAAGCUGCUUUGUCCGACAUAAUCCCCAUUUUGAAGGACAUCGUUGCAAAGGGCGGCCCUCUCAAAGAGUUCGCGCUCCCUAUUCUAUGCGAGUUGGCGCAUAGUGGUAAAGUUGCCCGCAAGAUGCUGUGGGAUGGCAAGGGUUUGCUUUUCUACAUUAGUAUGCUUGCCGAUCGGAACUGGCAGGUGCCGGCAUUGGAUGCUAUUUUCGUUUGGCUUCAGGAAGAAACUGCUCGCGUGGAGCAGUAUCUACUGUCUUCUAACUUCAGCACAUCAAUCAUAGCCUCAUACACUUCUCCCGAGCUGUCUCAAUCCACCUUCGAGAACAUGCUUGAACCCCUUCAGAAGCUUGUUCGCCUUUCUCCACCCAUCGCCGAAUCGCUCGCCUGCCGCGAAAUCUUUACGCGUACUGCCCAGAAGUUGGGUCAUAAAGAUGCCGUCACGCGACUCAAUCUGUUGCGAAUUUUGAGAACAAUAUGCGAUGCUACUGAGGAGGGCUGCACACUGAUCAAAGCUUAUGGUGUCUAUGAACCCAUCUUCCAUCUCUCAAACCACGACCCCGCCAUCCUGGUUCGACAGAUGGCGGAGGAGCUUGUCCGUGCCUGCGAUGAAGUUGGCAAACGAUCAACGUCACGAGCUUCCGGCUUCCGACGACCCACUUCCAGCGCCGGAGUACGUGCAGGCUCGGGGUCAAGCAAUGGCUCAACGAUCGUGUCUGGUAUGACACCACCUACACCCACAAGCCUCAAGUCGACAUUUGCCAUGCCGCUGAUGCCAUCAUCAACACCUUCUUCGCUUUCACUUCGUGAGCGAGAACGGCUUAGCCGCAGCCAAUCCACAGCUGGCAUUUGGGAUCUCCAAGAAGAGCCCGCGAAGCCGGCACCACUGAUUCGAUCAUCCACCGCAUUUGGUGCUCUAGGUACACCCACAGGAUCUCCAUCUGUAAUGAGCGGUGUAUCCCGCCUGGGUAGCUCUAGGCCACCGAGUCGCGAUGCCUCGAGCCUUUCACGCAUGGAGUCAAGCCGGCCAUCGUCUUCAUCCUCCGAACUGAAUGCACCAGGGAAGAGCAGACUUCCUAAAGCAAGGCAGGGACGGCUCAGCGAAGUUGCCAGUAGGAGAAGAGACCGAGAAAGUGGUGUAGGUCUGUCGCUUGGACAAGCUGACGAGAAUCAAACCCCUGGUCUCGGUUCUGGCCGCAGCGAAGCAUCAAGCUCGACACCUUUACCACGCUUGCAGAUCGCCCGACGCCGGAGAGAAACAUCAGGCGGUGAGAUGGGCAUGCCUAGACGGAGGGGGAGUCGGGUCAAUGAGGAGUAGUAUCUUCGUUAUCGUCGGCGGCUCACUCCUUAUCCGUCCUCCCACCCCACUCAGAAAGACUCAAUAUGAGUCUUCGAGUGCAUUUCCUUAUACACCAGAGCAAAGGUGGUGUUUAAAUACAACUUCCACUUCUCCAUAUCCUUCUCUCUUUUUCUUUCUCUUUUUCUUUUGUCGCGGAACACAACGGAUGGACGGUCAUAGCAUUUGAUAGAUGGACUGAACUGCAUGCAUGCAUAGCUAGGCGUU